GGUUUGCCACAAUGCCUGUCAAAUGUAGUAGCUGUGAAGAAUGGCGCGCAGUGCUACGAAGGCCAAAGACUGGUCAUUCCUUGUGCAAGGAUUGCUUUUUUUAUGCGUUUGAGGAAGAAAUUCACAAUACCAUUGUAUCUGCAAAACUUUUCCAUCCUGGUGAAAAGGUUGGUAUUGGAGCUUCAGGUGGUAAGGACUCUACUGUGCUUGCCCAUGUUAUGAAGGUGCUAAAUGAGCGCUAUGCUUAUGGGCUGGAUUUAAUCCUGUUGUCUGUGGAUGAAGGCAUUUCAGGGUAUCGUGACGAUUCUCUACAGACAGUGAAGAGAAACCAGCAGCAAUAUGAGUUGCCUCUUAAGAUUGUUUCCUACCUAGAGCUUUAUGGCUGGACAAUGGAUCAGAUUGUAAAGCAGGUUGGCCUCAAGAAUAAUUGCACCUUCUGUGGUGUCUUCCGUAGACAGGCUCUGGAUCGUGGUGCCAUGAUGUUGGGCAUUAACAAAAUCUGCACAGGGCACAAUGCUGAUGACAUAGCAGAGACUGUGUUGAUGAAUUUCUUGAGAGGAGACAUUGCACGACUGAGGCGUUGCACAGCUAUAACCACAGGCAGUGAGGGUGCCAUACCAAGAUGCAAGCCUUUAAAGUAUACUUAUGAGAAAGAGAUUGUGCUAUAUGCUUACUUCAAGAAACUGGACUACUUUUCUACAGAGUGUAUUUACUCUCCUAAUGCCUACCGUGGCCAUGCCAGAGUCUUUCUUAAAGACCUGGAGGCCAUUAGGCCAAGCUCCAUCAUCGACAUUAUUCACUCUGGGGAGAAUUUAUCUGUAAAUGAGGAUGUUAGAAUGCCUGUGCAAGGGACUUGCACUCGCUGUGGCUAUAUAUCCAGCCAGAGCCUCUGCAAGGCAUGUGUGCUGCUGGAGGGUCUGAACCGUGGCCUACCUAAGCUGGGUAUAGGAAAACACCAUAAACUUCACCACAAACUGCUGUCACAGGAACCCCUGAGUGAGCAGGAGGAAAGGAAGCUGAGGGCAGUAGUUCAUUAAAGUGUGUUAAUUUACAAGAAUUCAGACUCUUAUUUUCUCCUUUUAAAAUAAAAUCCAUUUUUUAAAACACACAUUAACUUAAUUUAGAUUUCUUGACAUACCUAGCAUGAGUUUUGUUUUAUAGCUAGAUAUACAGUGAAAAGCUCUUUAUUACUUUGCAUAACGAUGGAACUUUUAGGUUAUGUUUCCCCAAGGAUAACAGUUCAUAUGAUUAUUCAGCAGGCCUUGAUAUCAGUAGGAGAGUACUAGGAGACUUUGAAUUAAGUGGAAAUAAUUUAUUUUGGUGCAUGGCCAAAAUCACAAGCAGUUGUGAAAAAAAUCUCCAUAUAUGAAAAAUAGGUCGUACACUGCCACAGAAUAAUAGGCAGUAUGCUCAUGUUUUAUGAUUGAUGCUUUCUAAGGAAAAAAAUAAAACAAUAUUGUUGUUCA